CGACGUACUCUCCGACCAGAGACAUAGCGACCGUUUAGCUUCAAGCGCGCGCCACAGGGAAGCCUCACCCGGAAGCGGAAACCAGCUCGCCGGUGGCGCAGGCAGAAGAGAAGAAUGACUUCCGGUAGCCUGAAAGCUGCGGUCUUGGUGACAGUUGAGGAUGGCUGAGGCCGAGGGGCACGCUGGGCGGCAGUCGGAGCUAGAGCCUGUGGUGUCGUUGGUCGACGUACUUGAGGAGGACGAAGAAUUGGAGAACGAGGCGUGUGCAGUUCUGGGCGGCAGCGACUCCGAGAAGUGCUCCUACUCACAGGGCUCAGUAAAGAGACAAGCACUGUAUGCCUGUAGUACCUGCACUCCAGAGGGAGAAGAACCAGCAGGAAUUUGUCUGGCCUGCAGUUAUGAAUGUCAUGGAAGCCAUAAAUUAUUUGAGCUGUACACAAAAAGAAAUUUUCGUUGUGAUUGUGGAAACAGCAAGUUUAAAAAUUUGGAAUGCAAAUUAUUUCCUGACAAAGCAACGGUAAACUCUGGUAAUAAGUAUAAUGACAACUUUUUUGGAUUGUACUGCAUUUGUAAGAGACCUUAUCCUGAUCCUGAAGAUGAGGUUCCAGAUGAGAUGAUCCAGUGUAUAGUCUGUGAAGACUGGUUCCAUGGAAGACAUCUUGGUGCCGUUCCCCCUGAGAGCGGGGACUUCCAAGAAAUGGUGUGCCAGGCUUGUAUGAAACGUUGUUCUUUCUUGUGGGCUUAUGCUGCACAAUCGGCAGUGAUAAAAAUAUCUGCUGAAGAUGAUGGAUUAGUGCUGAAUGUUGACGGAAUAGAUGAUCAGGAAGUUAUCCAGUCUGAAAAUGGAGAGCAAGACAAUACCCUGAAAGAGGAUGUUCCGGAACAUGGGAAGAGUCCUGACAAGGAAGUGAAAGCAGAGCAGAACAGUGAGCCAUGUGCCAGCUCUAGUUCUGAAUCCAGGCUCCAGACGGCAUUUAAGAACCAAAACUUCAACACAGACUCACAAUCUGGCUGCAGACUUCAGGAGCUCAAAGCUAAGCAUUUUGUGAAGAAAGAUACUGCCACCUAUUGGCCCUUGAACUGGCGCAGCAAGUUAUGCACCUGCCAAGACUGCAUGAAAAUGUAUGGCGAUCUAGAUGUCCUGUUCCUGAUAGAUGAAUAUGACACAGUUCUGGCUUAUGAGAACAAGGGCAAGAUUGACCAGGCAGCUGAGAAGCGGGACCCGCUGAUGGACACCCUGAACAGCAUGAACAGAGUCCAGCAAGUGGAGCUCAUUUGUGAGUACAAUGACCUGAAGACUGAACUUAAAGACUAUCUGAAGAGAUUUGCUGAUGAAGGCACGGUUGUUAAGAGAGAGGACAUUCAGCAGUUCUUUGAAGAAUUUCAGUCAAAAAAGAGAAGAAGAGUGGAUGGGAUGCAAUAUUACUGUAGCUAGAGUGAAGUAUGGAGCACUCUCAUUCAGACCAGUAAAAUGCCACUUACUGUUCCAGGAAUAAAAGGGGCAUGUGUCACACUUGGUCCCCUUUCUGUCCUCUGCAAGAGGCCUCCUCCUGCUCCAGCCUCCUUUCUUCCUCUUCACUACAGUAGCCACAGAAGUUACGUCGAUCUCAUAGCCAGCGCCCUCUUUAACUCAGCUAAAUGCGGCUCAUUCCCCAGACAUUAGCUCUCCAGCCCCAGGAUACCAGGGUUUUCUGCUUAGAAGUUUGAUUUAGUUUUGAGAAAGAAAGUUGGUUUCUUUUUAAAAGAUUUGUUCUUUAACUUCGGAAUGUUUGUCUUUCGCCACAGAGCUGUUGCCUUCCAGGGCCUCUGUUAGGGUCACAGAAGGUUCACUUCCUGUCCGCCUGAGCCUCUUUCUGUCCCCACCCGCGAUCGUGGUGCCUUGGGUCACAGCUUCCUCAGCCUGGCCUGCCCUCUGCCUCUCUGCUGCCUGAGGUUUGUCACGGCUUGUAAGGGUCUAGGAACAUGGAGUAUCUGAGACUGAUUGGUUGCUUUAUGACCCGGAGGUCUGUAGCAGACAGGCAGAUUGACAAAGCUGAGGAAGCAAAUCUUUGUUACAAAUCUUAACUAAAAGUGAAGUGUUCAUUCACAGUUCUAUUGGCACUCAAAUAGUAGAGUUUAGUACUGUAGCCUCACAGGGCUUCCUGGGAAAAGUCUGCCAGUACACUAGCCCCUUUUUGCUGCCUACAAAAUGACCGGGUAUCACCCCUGUGAAAUCUUGGUGGUUUACAAAGUCCUCUGGAUUUCCUUAUAUUAUCAGGGAUAUUCAUAAGCAUAUAUUUAAAAUGAACCUAUUUUGAUACUUUUCUGUUUUGAAGGUGUUGUUAGAACCCCGGUAAGUUAUUAUCUUUCCCCUUGAAUCUGUGCUGAAGACACAGUUCCUGACUUAGCUAUACUUGUAGUGAGCAGGGGCGCAGUGACUGCUUUGGAAGACACAGACUUGGUGGGAGACUCCAAGUAAGUCUCUGGGCUGCAUGCGUGACGAGUGUGUGUAUAUAAAUGUAAUGUCCACAGCCAUGUCUUGGUGACUGAGAUCUGAAGAGACUCGUGGAAUAUUGUAUAGAACCCCAUUUCUGAGGGAAAGUCCCUUCAGUUGAUAGGAAGUUUAUGGCCUCUUAGUCUGCCUAGAAAACGCCUGGUAAAUGUCGAGCCCUCAGAUCCUUCUGAUGGAACCCAGACUUUCCUGACAAUAGGUGACACUCUGAGGUGUCUCAGCAACAGCAUUUUAGGCUUUGGGGCCACACGUGUCUGUGCCCAGUAGCAGCCAUGUGCACGAGGGCCCACUCAUCUCUCGACAGGAUGAAUGGGAUCUCCAAAAAGUCAAGGCCUCAGAGAAAUGGUACAAGUCCUGCUUGUUGGUAUUCAGCCUCCUAAUUGCAGGUGUUCCUGAGGACCAGUGGGUGGGGCCAGCAGGUCCUUUGGCUGUGGGAGACCCUUGUGUGCCCCAAGCCAGCUUGUGGCGAGGGCUCAGUUAAAAAGCUCAGGUAUCUGCAGACAUGUCUUCCAGAUGUCCAAGGAUGUACUGAACUGCUGCAAAGUUGUGCUCUUGUGCUGCAUCCCCUCCUGAGUUUGUGUCUUCCCUAGUGUCCGACUUAAGUAUCCGAAAGUCACUUCCUUCCUGGACAGUUCAGGACCAGGUCUCUGGGGCAUCACAGCACAGUGCAGCACAAUUGUCCAACUGCCCCAGUGCUGAAGGGCUUGUUUCUGAAAGUACUGCUCCUUCUUUUACAUUAACCAGAAAACCUCUUUUUUUACCUGUUGUUCAUAACUAGUUUUCUUAUUGACUAUAUAUAGGACUGUCUCUUCUUACAGAGACUGAUUUUGGCCAACAUGUGGCAGUUGAUAAUUAAUGCAUGUUUUAUGCAAAAUUAAAAUAUGGGAUUAGUUGCUUUUAAGGAAUUCUGGCAUUGUAUGUGCAUUUUUGUAGAAAUUGUUACUGAACUUAUACUUACAUACUUAAUCAGGUUUCUGUAAAAUUUAAAUAAAACUGAUUGAAAGCCA